AUGGAUCUAACAACGCUAUUUCACAAUCUUCGCGAAGAAGUGUCUUGUUCGGUGUGCUCGGACUUAUUUACGGAUCCUAAACAUCUCUCCUGUCUGCACAGUUUCUGCUUAAAGUGUCUGGAUCGAUGGUACGAAACGUGCGGCGGUGGACAGGCCAUUAAAUGUCCAAAGUGCCAAACCCUAAGCGGAGUACCUGCGAGCGGUGAUCUGAAAGAUCUUCCAACCAGCUUUUAUUUGAACGGUUUAAUCGAUGUUCUUGCUAUUAAAGAAUGCAAGAAGACUCAAGUUACAUGCGGAAACUGCGACAAGAAGUGCUCGGAAGCUUCGUAUUGUUUCCAGUGUUGCAUAUUUUAUUGCGAGCAUUGCUUAAUAUGUCAUAAUACCAUGCGGGACAAAAAGGAACACCGCGUAUUGGCGUUAAAAGAAUUCCAAAGCAAGGACUACGAGGACGUAUUGAAGCGGCCAGUAUUUUGUUCAAAACAAGGACACCAGAAAGAAGAGCUCAAAUUCUACUGCAAAGAAUGUGAAACAGUUCUUUGUCAAACUUGUUUCGCUUUGGAUCACGGAGGUCAUGUUUUGAAAUUAAUCGAGGAAGAAGCCGAAAGCCAAAAACUCGAAAUGAAUACUGUUCUUCAAACAAAAAGAGAAGGAUUAAAUGCAAACCUCAACCUACUUGCCCAACUAGACGAGGACCGCGCUAAAGUGAUUCAACAAAGUGAAAUCGCCAGGAGAGAUGUCCAAAGGUUUGCUGAUGGCUUGAUCAAAACAAUUCAAGCAAAAAUGCAAAAUAUUAUUACCACGUUGGAAAACCAAACGAAGAAGUCACUUGAAAGCUUAAAAGCAAAAAGAAGCGAGAUUCAAAAACAGAUAAAUGUCACUGAAUCAUCACUGGAGGAAUCUGAUAAACUUUUAAAACGAAGUACCACCGCGGAAGUUGUUCAACUUAAAAAAUCACUACAGACAAUUUUUCAUGGAUUUAAUCAAACCGACCCUCUUGUUUAUGACCCCAGUAAACUGCAAACUUUAGUUUUCGUGGAAAAUCAAAAGAUGCUCGAUGUCGUCAACGGCGAAGAACUUGGUUUCUUGGAAGAAGGUAAUCGAACAAAACCAAGCGAAUCUCUGGCUGAAGGUGAAGGAGUGAAAGAAGGAAUUGUAGCGCGUAAAGCUCAAUUUAAUUUGAUCACAAGAAACGCGGGAAGAAAACAGUGUUAUAAUGAGAGGGACCGUGUCACGAUAGAGAUCAAGGACGAACAAGGACAAGAAUGCGUGACCCAAGUGAAAAUAGAUGAUAACAAAAAUGGAAUCUACAAAAUCACUUAUUAUCCCAGAGUUCAUGGGACGUUCAAAUUAUUAGUUAAAGUAAACGAUGAACAUAUUUCUUGUAGCCCUUUUACUGUGAUUUUAAAACCAUUUCAAGUCAAACCUGUUUUAUCUUUUGGAAAGGAAGGCUCGGGUGAAGAAAUGUUUAAGUUUCCUUUGGGGGUGGCAGUGGGUGAUGUGGACGAAAUAGUAGUAACUGACCAGUUAAACCAUCGGGUUCAAGUGUUUGACAGUAAUGGUACCUUUUUAAGAUCCUUUGGUCACAGAGGUGAAAAUGGUGGAGAGUUCAAAUACCCUUUUGGAAUAGUCAUUAGUAAGGACAGGAAUAUUUUUGUAGCAGACAAUAACAACCACAGAAUACAGAUUCUUAGUUGGGAGGGGAGGCACCUGGGUUCAUUUGGUGGCAAAGGAAGCCUUGAUAGUCAGCUGUCUGGUCCUCGGGGUUUAUCCUUAGAUAGUACUGGUAAUGUUAUUGUUGCUGAUACAGGUAACAAACUGAUUAAGAUUUUUAGCCCGGAUGGUAGGUUUGUAAUGAAGAUAGGUGGGCAGGGUUCUCUGAGUCACCCUACUCACUGUGUUCAGUGUGGUGAUUAUUUCAUGGUGUCAGACUCAAAUGAACACUGUAUCACAGUAUUUAACCGGGAGGGGCAUUUUCAGUACAAGUUUGGUAAGCAGGGGAAGGAGGACGGGGAGUUUGAUUUUCCACGUUUUUUGUCAGUGACUCAGUCAAAACACCUGUUUGUUUGUGAUAGGGAUAAUCACAGAAUACAAGUCUUUGAACUAGAUGGGAAGUUUGUCGGAAAAUUUGGAACAAAUGGUAGCAAAUUAGGAGAAUUCAAGGAACCAUUCUCAGUAGCUGUUCUAAGUAAUGAUCAAAUUGUUGUGUGCGACAAAGCCAAUCAUCGAAUUCAGAUAUUUCAAUAAAAAUUGUCCUUUUUUUCCUGCAGCUGAGAAAACUAUAUAAUAAGCGAAUCCCUCUUUGUUUUAUAAAUGUAUAUGUCAGCUGUACAGCGGUGCUAUAAAUUAAAUGUUAUUGUAGGCAAGUGAAGCCACAUUUAGCCCGACGAAAAAUCGUAUGGUCUUGAAUCAAGUUAUGUACAAAACUUACUUGUUAAAGGAAUGAGUUAACUUGCAUAUUCUUUUAAUAAAGUUCUGUAUUCGAUAAACGAUUUCUUCUUUAAUUCUCACUAAUAUUCAGUCUCAACCGAGUUACAGAAUGGUGGCAGUGAUACAGCUUUUCACAUCUAUUUAUGCUUGAAAAACGUAUAAAUAUUCAAUAGGCAUAUUCUCGUGGAAGGACAUGAAAAAGUCAUCUGACCGAAAAUUCCUUGAGGCGAGAUAUUUAGCUAUUGUAAUAAGUCCUACAAGAUUUGUACCUGAAACAAUGAUGCUGUAUAGCCGGCCCUGAUAGGGGCCUUUGACACUAUCAUAAUAUGUUACAGACUUGUAUUAAAUUUUGCCAAAAUUAAUUUGUCUGCGGAAAACAUGAACUUACUUAAUUUAAACCUGGUUUAAACCCUUCAGGGCAAGGGUAGGAGUUUGGCCCGUAAGUUAACUAACAUGACAAUAUAAUACUUUCAAAGACAUUUGUUUAGACUGUGUCCCGGGGGGGGGGGUACUUCAUUAGUUACCCAUAUAGGUAUGUGCCGCCCAAAAGUUUCGGUCUUAAAACGGGAAUAGAACGAGUACAGUCACCCCUCCCCUCGAACAAAAUAGAGGAGAGAGACGGGGGAAGGUACACAAGCUAACAGAUGUUUCGCUUUUAUAUAUUUACUCUGCACUCGUACUCGAUUUCGUAUCCUUCAUAGUUAAGUGAUGGCUUAAACGCAUUCUUGCUUCACAAAUGAUUUAAUCUUCAUCUUGUUAUUGAUUUUACGUCUGGUUUAAGUUUCAAAUAAUUUGCAUUUAAAAUAACAAACUAAAGCUGGCGCGACAAGGACUCUUACAACAUUGAUCGUGAUUGGCUCGUCGGCCUUUGUUUCGGAGAAAAGCUAAAGAUAGAAAGUCACAAGACUUCAUUGUUGGGUGUGGAGUGCAUGGAAGGUCAUUUUGCCUUUGUUCCUGAAGGUGUAUAACCGGCCCUGUUAGGGACUUUUUACACCAUCAGAUUAUAUCAGAUACUUGAAUUCAUGAAAGCGGAAAGAAUGAAGAAAAAGAGGUUCCAGAAAUUUAAGCCCGGAUUAAACCCUUAAAUGUAAGGAUGAAAGACAUGAAAGAUUGGUCCGUAGUUCAACUGGCAUAACAGUUGUUCAGCCUCUGUACAGUCACUCCCUCCCCUCAAACAAAAUGGCGUAGAAUGAGGGGAUGGUCGUAAACAGGCUAACAGUUGUUCCUCUUUUACCUACGCCAUUUACGACCAUCCCUCAUAACUGGGGUUUUCACGCAUUCUUGCUUCACAAAGAAUUUGAUCUUUGUCUUGUUAUUGAUCUUCUUACGUCUGGUUAGCGCGACAAGGACUCUUCCAACAGCGAUCUGUGAUUGACUCGUCGUCCUUUGUUUCCGAGAAAAGCUAAAGAUAGAAUUUCACAAGACUUCAUUGCUGGGUGUGGAGUGAAUCGAAGGUCAUUUUGCAUCUGUUCCUGAAGCCAUCAUGGAUCUUACAACGUUAUUUUACAAUCUUCGAGAAGAAGUGUCUUGUUCGGUGUGUUCGGACUUAUUUACGGAUCCCAAACAUCUCUCUUGUCUGCACAGUUUCUGCUUAAAGUGUCUGAAUCGAUGGUACGAAACGUGCGGCGGCGGACAGGCCAUUAAAUGCCCGAAGUGCCAUACCUUAAGCAGAGUACCUGCGAGCGGUGAUCUGAAAGAUCUUCCAACAAGCUUUUAUUUGAACGGCUUAAUCGAUGUUCUUGCUAUUAAAGAAUGCAAAAAGACUCAAGUGACACGCGGAAAUUGCGAGAAGAAGUGCUCGGAAGCUUCGUAUUGUUUCCAGUGUUGCCUAUUUUAUUGCGAGCAUUGCUUAAUAUGUCAUAAUACCAUGCGGAACAAAAAAGAUCACCGCGUAUUGGCUUUAAAAGAAUUCCAAAGCAAGGACUACGAGGAUGUGUUGAAGCGACCGGUGUUUUGCUCAAAAGAAGGACACCAGAAAGAAGAACUCAAAUACUACUGCAAAGAAUGCGAAACAGUUCUUUGCCAGACUUGCGUCACUCUGGAUCAUGGAGGUCAUGUUUUGAAAUUAAUCGACGUAGAAGCUAAAAACAAAGCACUCGAAAUAAAAUCCAUCCUUCAAACGCAAAGAGAAGGAUUAGAUGCGAAACUGAACGUAAUUGCUCAACUAGACGAGGACUGUGCUAAGCUGAUUCAACAAAGUGAAAUCGCCAGGAGAGAUGUCCAAAGGUUUGCUGAUGGCUUGAUCAAAACAAUUCAAGCAAAAAUGAAAAAUAUUAUUACCGCUGUGGAAAACCAAACGAAAAAGUCACUCGAAAGUUUAAAAGUAAAAAGAAGUGCGAUUCAGCGACAGAUAAAUGCCACCGAAUCAUCAUUGGAGGAAGCUGAUAAACUUUUAAAACGAAGUAGCACCACGGAAGUUUUUCAUCUUAAAAAAUCAUUACAGACAAUCUUUCAUGGAUUUAAUGAAACCGAGCCUAUUGUUCAUGACCCCAGUAGUCUAAAAAAAUUUGGUUUCGUGAAAAAUCAGAAGAUGCUUGAUGUCGUCAACGGCGAAGAACUUGGUUUCUUGGAAAAAGGUAAUCGAACAAAACCAAGCGAAUCUCUGGCUGAAGGUGAAGGACUGAAAGAAGGAAUUGUAGCGCGUAAAGCUCAAUUCAAUUUGACCACAAGAAACGCGGAGAGAAAACAGUGUUAUGAUGAGAAGGACCGUGUCACUAUAGAGAUCAAGGACCAAUAAGAACGAGAAUGCGUAACGGAAGUGCAAAUAAAUAAUAACGAAAACGGAAUCUACAAAGUCACUUAUUAUCCUAGAGUUCACGGGACAUUGAAAUUAUUAGUUAAGGUAAACGGGGAACAUAUUUCUUGUAGUCCUUUUACUGUGAUUUUAAAACCAUUUCAAGUCAAACCCGUUUUGUCUUUUGGAAAGAAAGGCUCGGCUGAGGGAACGUUUAUGAAUCCUCUGGGGGUGGCAGUGAGUGAUGGGGACGAAAUAGUAGUAGCUGAUCAAGGCAACCAUCGGGUUCAAGCGUUUGACAGUAAUGGUACUUUCUUAAGAUCCUUUGGUCAGUCAGGUAAGAAUGCUGGAGAGUUCAGUUACCCGUAUGGAACAGCCAUUAAUAAGGACAGGAAUAUUUUUGUAGCAGGCAGUAAUAACCGCAGAAUACAGAUCUUUAGCUGGGAGGGGAGGCACCUGGGUUCAUUUGGCGGCAGAGGAGGAAGCCUUGAUAGUCAGCUCUUUGCUCCUGGGGGUUUAUCCUUAGAUAGUACUGGUAAUGUUAUUGUUGCUGAUAUAGUUGACAAACUGAUUAAGAUUUUUACCCCGGAUGGUAGGUUUGUAAUGAAGAUAGGUGAGCAGGGUUCUUUUAGUUUUCCUGCUCACUCUGUUCAGUGUGGUGAAUAUUUCAUAGUGUCAGACUCCUCUGAACACUGUAUCAAAGUAUUUAACAGGGAGGGGCAUUUUCAGUACAAGUUUGGUAAGCAGGGGGAGAGGGACGGGGAGUUUAAUAAUCCACGGUUUCUGUCAGUGA